AUGAAGGUUCUGUUCUUUAACCCGUGGGGGCCGCAGAUGAAGGUUCUGUUCUUUAACCCGUGGGCGCCGCAGAUGAAGGUUCUGUUCUUUAACCCGUGGGCGCUGCAGAUGAAGGUUCUGUUCUUUAAAACGUGGGCGCUGCAGAUGAAGGUUCUGUUCUGUAACCCGUGGGCGCCGCAGAUGAAGGUUCUGUUCUUUAACCCGUGGGCGCCGCAGAUGAAGGUUUUGUUCUUUAAACCGUGGGCGCUGCAGAUGAAGGUUCUGUUCUUUAAACCGUGGGCGCCGCAGAUGAAGGUUCUGUUCUUUAACCCGUGGGCGCUGCAGAUGAAGGUUCUGUUCUUUAACCUGUGGGCGCUGCAGAUGAAGGUUCUGUUCUUUAAACCGUGGGCGCUGCAGAUGAAGGUUCUGUUCUUUAAACCGUGGGCGCCGCAGAUGAAGGUUCUGUUCUUAAACCGUGGGCGCCGCAGAUGA